UACCUCUUCUACUCGCCACUCAAAGAAGACGUUAAAGACCCUUUAUACUCGCCUACUCUCUCUCACCCUACGUACACAUAAUACAGUACACAAAUUGCACGCACUCCCAACAACAAUGGAAAUGAUGAAGAACAAUGGUAUCAAUUAAGGGGAGGAGUAGACGAAAAGGGAAAAUGCCAGUCGAUCUCUUUGUAUUUUUCAGAAACUAUCGAUCACCACAAUCCACCAACAUCUGUGAUGAUCAUUUUUGUUGUCUAAACCCUAGAGUUUCAGUCUCUAUCCUACUCCUCCUUAUACACACACACACCCUCUCUCUCUCGUUAACACUCAACCACCUUCUCCCUCAUACAUCUCAUUUAUUUCACCACUUUAUAAUUUUUCCUUAAUAAGCCUCUAUUUAUAGCCUUCUAUAUGAAUUUUGGUGUGUGAGGAUCUAUACCCAUAAUUUCCUAUAUUUAGAGAUCACCCGAUUGACCUAUGGUAUCUGUAUAUAUAGGGGCAAAGGUUAAAUCUUUGGAGGAAUUUAGGAAAGGGUCUCUGUCUUGAUUGAUUAAAAAAAUCUUCUUGUGUGUUGGGUCCUCAGUUGAGUUUGAUUCAAUGGCUCCUGGUGCCGAGAUUUCUGGUGAGACAACACUGGUUAAGGCCCCUGCUGUUGAGAAUUCUUCUCCUUUAACUAAUUCAAGUGCUGGUUCGAACAAAGUUUCUGAUUCUGGCUCUGAUCAUAGCACCAAUGUGAAAUUUGAGACAACUGGUGAUAAGGAGUCUGAUUGUGACACACACUCAAACUCGAACUCAAAUUCGGGAUAUGAAAUGCAGGAUAUCGUUGAUAUGCUAAAGACACUAAAGUUGAAUCCACAUGCGAGGGAGUUCUUUCCUUCUUCCUAUAACCGAGAGCUUAGGAUGGCCAAUCAUUUUCGGGCAAACAACAGGCGUCAGUCUCAUGGUUUCCCGAAUAACCGAAGGAGAAGAAACAACAAUAACAAUGGUAGGAAGAGAAUGAAUAGCAGAGGUUUCAAUGCUCAAAGAGAAGAUAGCAUCAAACGAACGGUUUAUGUAACUGACAUUGAUCAAAAUAUCACUGAAGAACAACUAGCUGCACUUUUUAGUGCCUAUGGCCGAGUUGUUGACUGUCGCAUAUGUGGCGACCCUCACUCCCGUCUCCGAUUUGCUUUUGUGGAGUUCUAUCAUGAAUAUUCUGCAAGAGGAGCACUUAACAUCUCUGGAACAAUCUUAGGUUUCUCGCCACUGAAUGUCCUGCCCUCAAAAACUGCAAUCCUUCCUGUGAACCCCACGUUCCUUCCAAGGUCUGAGGAUGAACGUGAGAUGUGUGCUAGGACAGUUUAUUGUACAAAUAUAGAUAAAAAGCUUACCCAAGCUGAUGUGAAAUACUUCUUUGAAACAAGAUGUGGUGCGAUCUCUCGGAUAAGGCUUUUGGGUGAUCAAGUGCACUCAACCCGAAUUGCUUUUGUUGAGUUUGUCAUGGCGGAAAGUGCGAUUAUAGCUUUGGACUGUUGCGGUGAAAUUUUGGGAUCGCAAGGCAUUAGUAAGGAGCGGAUCCAUUUAUCAUCUUCAUCAUGUGAUGUGAAAAUACAGUACUCCGUGUAUCAUACUCCCUAUCUCAUUUAUUACAACAGAUUAUAUACCUUCUAAACUGAAGUGAUUAAAAUUUGGCAAUAUUGCAGAGUGAGUCCUUCAAAGACACCGGUCAGGCCACACAUUCCUCGAGCUGAUGUGGCUUAGCCAUCUGCAUUCCUCUCGAGGUCUGGAUGGCAUUAGAUGAUGUCGCUUCUGCUAUGGAGGCCGGUGAAGGCAAACCAUUAUUCUGUUAUCCCACCCCCAUUUUCUUUUCCCUUCCAAAAGCUUUCUGUUUUAUGCCUGAACUUUGAUGGUUUGACAUUGCUUAUGUUUCAAUGAUAAUCUUCAAACUUUUUACCAUUUUGGGAGUAUUGAUUCAUCGAGUCCUACUCACAUCACAAUCGACUUACGGUUAGCAAUGCUUGGGGUUUGGAGAUAAGGGGGUACAAAUUUGUGGUCAUACAAUGAAUGACUUAAGAUUUGGGAUUUCUUCCUAAACGAUUGAAGCGCAAUCUAAUGCUGGCCUUGUGUACCAGUAUGUGAUAAUUCAGAAUCUAAUUGUUCGUUAAAGCUUAAUUGACAUUCAUAUAUAAGGCAAAGGCUUGAAG